CUUUCCUACAGGUGUGAUGGAAAGAAGGUUUGCGAACUGAACCUAAAUGACGUUAGUACCUCUGAUCCCUGCCCUGGAAUCUCCAAAUAACUGGAAACCAUCUACUCCUGCUUGCCAGCAAUCCACUUUAUAACAUGUGAGGGCUCUUUGGCACAUCUCAGAUGCGAUCCAGGACAGGUAAUAUUUGUGUACGGUGCCGACUACGGACGCCACGACAGGACCACCUGCAGUUACAGAUGGGCUACUGAGUUGGACAAUGUCGACUGCUCAGUCCCCAGCAGCAUCGUUGCUGAAAGGUGCAAUGGGAAAAACCGCUGUACUAUCAGUGCCUCCAACUCAGUGUUUGGGGACCCCUGUGUUGGCCCUUUAAAGUACCUGGAGGUGGCUUACAUAUGUCAAUGUAAGUAAAGGCCCAUUGAGCAUCACUUAUUUGGUAACCAGCCCAAUCUGGAAUAGGGAAAAUGGCAUCAGACUAAUACUUGGUUGCUUAAAUAUUUUUUCCUGAAUUGAAUCUUCAGAAGUCCCUAGAAAACUUGUG